CCCUCCCCCACCCGGCUUCCCCGGCUCUUCAUCCCAGCAGCUAGCCAGCUAGCUUUAGCUGUCGCUGUGAAAGCGAGCCGAAGUCCGGCUGGGCCGGAGGACCUGUGAGCGGAAUGACCCAGCGGGACCAGUCUUCGUCCACAGACGCCUGAAGACCGCCUCCACGGCCCGCGGAGCCGCGGGAUCUCUCUCGGUGAUGGACAGCUGCCGAGGAGCGGACAGCUAGCUGCAGCUAGCUCCGGCAGAGGCGGCCGGGCGACGAGCACCCACCUCGGCUGUUCCUCCUUCACCAGUCGGCCUCUUAUGUCAUGUCACCCCCCGGUUACAGCAGAAAGGAACUUGAUGAUGAUGAUGAUGAUGAAGAGUGAGUGUGUCCUCCGGGUCUGAUCAGGAUCAGUAGUUCUCCGCUCUCAGACCCGUGGUCUUCAGGGAUGGCGUUUCACGGCGCCGGCCAGCAGGCAGUCUGUGGAGAUCUGUUUCCAGGUUCUGAGCUGGGCCACAAGUAUUUCUGCGUGGGCUCCUCCUGCGGAGCUCCCUCCACCGGCCUCAGUGCCACGCCAUGCCUGAACGGACCCACGGCCCCGGCCGGGACCCCUCGUCACCCCACGGCCCUCGGAGGCAGCGCCGGCGGCGGGGCGGCGGUGCCUCAGCCCUACAGCAACCCGGCCAGCGAGGUGCCCAGCCCUGCGGAGAUGGAGCCGGACCGGCCCAUCGGUUACGGUGCUUUUGGAGUCGUUUGGUCCGUCACGGAUCCUCGGGAUGGUCGAAAGGUGGCUCUGAAGAAGAUGCCCAACGUUUUCCAGAACCUGGUCUCCUGUAAGAGGGUCUUCAGAGAGCUGAGGAUGCUGUGCUUUUUUAAACACGACAACGUUCUGUCAGCUCUGGACAUCCUGCAGCCUCCACAGAUCGACUGCUUUGAGGAAAUAUACGUGAUCACAGAGCUGAUGCAGAGCGACCUCCACAAGGUCAUCGUGUCUCCUCAGCCUCUCACCACAGACCACAUCAAGGUCUUCCUGUACCAGAUCCUCCGAGGUUUGAAGUACCUUCACUCUGCUGGGAUUUUGCACCGAGACAUCAAACCUGGAAACCUGCUGGUCAACAGCAACUGUCUGCUGAAGAUCUGUGACUUCGGCCUGGCCCGUGUGGAGGAACCCGACCCGUCUCGUCACAUGACCCAGGAGGUGGUGACCCAGUACUACCGGGCUCCUGAAGUCCUGAUGGGCUGCCGGCACUACGGCUCAGCCAUCGAUGUUUGGUCUGUGGGCUGCAUCUUCGCCGAGCUUCUGGGCCGCAGGAUCCUGUUCCAGGCCCAGAGUCCCAUUCAGCAGUUGGAUCUGAUCACAGACCUGCUGGGAACUCCGCCUCUGUCGGCUCUGGCCUCGGCCUGCGAAGGAGCCCGGGCCCACAUCCUGAGGGGGCCCCACAAACCGCCCUCGUUGUCGGUGCUCUACAUGCUGUCAGACGGAGCCACACAUGAAGCCGUUCACCUUCUCUGCCGCAUGCUGGUUUUUGACCCGGCCAAACGGAUCUCAGGCAGCGACGCCCUGUCCCACCCGUACCUGGACGAGGGCCGCCUGCGGUACCACACCUGCAUGUGUCAGUGCUGCUACUCUGUUCCCAGUGGGCGGGUCUACACCCGGGACUUCGAGCCGGUGGCGGAGCGCCCCUUCAGCCACAGCUACGAGAACAGCCUGCUGUCCGUGUGGCAGGGCAAAG